AUGGCUGGCAACAAAGACGUCAGCUUCUCCGCUCGUGAGAUGGAGGUCCUGGCCCUCGCCUGGCAGUGCAUGGAUCAGCAGCCAAAGAUCAAUAUGGAGAAGCUCGCCAGCCUAACCGGCUACACAAUCGGCUCCGCAGGCGUCACCUUCGGCAAGAUCAAAACCAAGAUCAAGCUCCUCGGCGAAUCCCUCAACGCCAAUGGCCCCUCUACCCCCAAGAGAGCCGGUAGUUCCGGUCGCAGCAAGACUGCUUCGACUCCCUCGUCUACGCCUAGGAAGCGCGCCGCCACGACUGCAUCCACCACCCCAGUCAAGCGACCUCGAAAGGGUGGCCGCCAGCUCACCUCAUCACCUUCCGAGGACGUUUCCGCCGCCAACGAUGAUGAUGACGACAACGAUGAGGAGUUUGGUGGUCUGGGCGAUACCAAGGUCAAGGUCAAGAAGGAGGAACCGGGUUUCGAUCAAGCUUCCGGGUUCUACGAUGAGGCGCUUGAGCAACGUGAGAUGUUCGGUGAUGGUGCGACUUAUGGUUUAUUGGAUGGUGUCGAGACGUUUGGUGGUGUUGUAGGUGGUGAUAUUGGUAGUGGCAGAAACGCUAGUACUGGAUAUAGGAAGCUGUUUGCCAAGGACGCUGAGUAG